AUGCUGAGGCAUUUCAUGCGGCUUGAUAUCGACAACGAUCUUCUUACGACAAUGGUAGAGCGAUGGCGCCCCAAAGUGCAUACCUUCCAUUUCCCCGAGGGGGAAAUGACGAUCACCCUCAGAGAUGUUGCCCUCCUCACUGGGUUGCCGGUUACUGGAGAGGCCAUCAUCGGCAACUCAAGUAAACCCGAAGGUGGUUGGGGGCCGUUGAUUCUCGAGCGUUUGGGGUUCAACAUGCCGACCACAACGUCCGUUCAAGGGGUUGGGCAUCCACCGCUCAAUACGGGGCAAGUUUCAAUCCCGUGGCUUGUUGAACACAUCCAACAGGAAGUUAAUUUAGGGCCAGACACCCCCGAGGAUCAGGUGGAGCGAUAUGCACGCGUCUACCUCAUUGGAUUGGUUGGUGGAUUUAUGUUCCCCGACAAGGCAAACCGGUGGAUUCAAGGCAUGUGGUUGUCGUUGCUCCUCGGUGAUUGGGACGAGAUCGGGGGAAAGAGUUGGGGGUCGGCCAUAUUGGUUGGGGUCUACCGAGAGCUGUGCACUUGCUCGAGGUUGGGAGCGAUACAAGCUGGAGGUGUGAUGUUCAUACUCCAACUCUGGGCAUGGGAGCAUCUUCCAAUGUUCGCUCCCCGAGACCCACGGAAUUUUUGGGGUCCAGAUGAGGAGCUACGCUUUCUAGAAAAUCCCCCUGUGGAUCAGAGCAAAUACAAAUGA